AUGCAAAAUGAAAGUCAACAUCCACUGCUAUGUUUCCGUUCCCUAGCAUUGUCCAGACUACUGGAAAAUGUGGCAUUCUUUGGGGAUAUUUUGCUGAGAUCCCUGACAUGACACAUGAUGUCCUGAAGAAGCACAAGGACUGGGGGGUCAUGAUAGAGGCUGCUGUUGUCUUCUGUAACCAGACUCAACUGUACAGCGAGGGGGUCGGUCAGGAGCAGCUGAUGUUGAUAUCUCAAGAGCUGGGCCUGAUAGAGAAAGAUCCUAAUUAUUUAAACCCAUUUAGCAAGGAAGGGAAAAUGGCACAGGAACAGCAGAUGUUACAGGCAGCUAAAUCAUCAGCUAAAGACAAACCAAAGAAGAAAAAGGACAGAGAGAAAAGAAAAGGACCAAGACUCAGCCGCUCCAAGAAUGAACUAUAACUUUAUUACACUGUGACAUUUUACUUUCUGAGACCACAAACUAAACAUUUCAUUGCAAUACAUGUAAUCUACAAAAAAAUUUGUACUUGGUGAAAUUAGGCUGAUGAAAUUAAUAAAUUCAAAUGCUUUUCA